CUGGCCGCGGGCGCCUGCUGUAAACAUACAACAUGGCGGCAGCGGCUCCAGGCGCUCUGGGCGCCUGGAGAGCGGGUCGCGUCCGCCUGGUGGCCGCGUGCUGCGCGCGGCUCGGCCCCGCGGCAUGGGCUAAGGGGACCGCCCCGAGGAGGGGCUACAGCUCUGAGGUGAAGACCGAGGAUGAGUUGCGCGUGCGGCACCUGGAGGAGGAGAACCGAGGCAUUGUGGUGCUUGGAAUUAACAGAGCUUAUGGGAAAAACUCACUCAGUAAAAACCUUCUCAAAAUGUUAUCAAAAGCUGUGGAUGCAUUAAAGUCGGAUAAGAAAGUCCGGACCGUUAUCAUCAGAAGUGAAGUCCCUGGGAUAUUCUGUGCUGGCGCUGACCUUAAGGAGCGAGCCAAGAUGCAUUCCAGUGAAGUUGGUCCCUUCGUCUCCAAGAUCCGAGCGGUGAUCAAUGACAUUGCUAACCUCCCCGUGCCCACCAUCGCAGCCAUAGACGGCCUCGCCCUAGGAGGGGGUCUGGAGCUGGCCUUAGCGUGUGACAUCCGAGUAGCAGCUUCCUCUGCAAAAAUGGGCCUGGUUGAAACAAAGUUGGCAAUUAUUCCCGGUGGAGGAGGGACACAGAGGUUACCACGUGCCAUCGGGAUGUCCCUGGCUAAGGAACUCAUCUUUUCUGCCCGAGUUCUUGACGGCCAAGAAGCCAAAGCUGUGGGCUUGAUCAGCCAUGUGUUAGAACAGAACCAGGAAGGGGACGCCGCCUACAGGAAGGCGCUGGACCUGGCGAGAGAGUUUCUACCUCAGGGGCCUGUUGCAAUGAGAGUGGCCAAACUAGCAAUUAACCAAGGGAUGGAGGUCGACUUAGUAACAGGGUUAGCCAUAGAAGAAGCCUGCUAUGCUCAGACCAUCUCAACGAAAGACAGACUGGAAGGUCUUCUUGCUUUUAAGGAGAAAAGACCCCCUCGCUACAAGGGAGAAUAGGAGGACAGCCCGCGACGGCCUCUGGUAGUGCUGGAAGCGGUUCCCAGGUGCCCCGAGCCGCCACAGGAAUCUCAUUGACCAAAGUGGAGAGUGGGUUCUCACUAUGCCUGGAGCAGGCCCGUCCUUCUGUACUCAAGCCACUGUGUGCCAUGCCGUAUUUACUCAGAUUUAUAAAGCUAGCAAUGUCCGUGGUCAACACACGUAAAAAUUAGGUGUAUGUUUUUAAUAUUUCCCGCAUAUCAGGCUUUGUCGUUAAUUUUUUUAAUGUGAAUAAUUUAUAUUGCACACUCUAGGGAAUAAUUGAUUGUAUGUCUACCGUGCUGCAUUAAGAAAAUAAAACUAUUUCUGUAUCCCAAAAAUGUGAAGU